UAACACAAGCCGAGCCAGGCACCCCACCUUCCUGGCUCCUGCUCAUAGCCAUCACCUUCCCCACCCACACACGAGCUAAGUGCACACAGCAAGCGCCACAGAUCCUGCCCAGCCGGGCUAUCCAGUACUGCAUCGUCUUCUCCGCAGCAAGCAGAGCAGGGGAUGAAGCGCGUGGUGGGGAGCCCGGGGACAUGGAGCGGCAUGGUGCUGCGGCUGUCGCAGUGCGUUUUUGCCUCCGCCUCCACCUUCGCCAUGGUCUCCGGCUUCGGCUACUCCAACUACAGCGCCUUCUUCUACUUGAAUGUAUCAUUGAUCCUGCAGCUUAUGUGGAGUCUGUUCCUUGCUUGUAAGGAUAUCUUUGCUCUAAGGAACAAAAAGGAUCUUCACACCGCGGAUAAUUUAUUGUUCAUUGUUCUGAUUGAUUUCGCCGUGGCGAUUUUCAUGUUCUCAGCAGCCUGUGCCUCCGCGAGCCUGACUGUUUUCUUCAUGUGGGAUGUGCACUUGUGCAAGGCAUACCCGCGGCUCGCCUGCCGGCACUUCGGGCUUUCGGUCGUGCUGGCGUUCAUCACCUGGUUCCUGCAGGCUGCAUCUUCUUUCUCCGGGUUCUGGCUACUGGUUUCGUUCUUCUAAGGUGUGUUUGGUUUGAGGAUCAAAAGUCAUGGAAUGUCAUGGUUCCAUUCCAAAGUCA